CACAACAACAAUAACAUGGUGAACUUUUUCAUUGCAAUUAGUUUUGAACCAGACGACUGUAAAUGAUAGAUACAAAACAUUAUACUCUGUAUGAAUGAAUUAAAUACUGGAAGCCAGCAGUACUAUAAAGUAGCUAGGCUGCUUGCUUUCCAUGUUCAACUUGGUUCUUUCGAUCUCCACUGUGGAACCAAAUAAUUUCCAACAUAGAAGAAGAUGGUUAAGGUUAUGGGGAAAAACAUCAUCCUUAUGAUUCUCAGCGUGUUCCUCGUACUCCAUAGUACUAGUACUCUUGCUAAUGGAGGCAAAAAGAAGCUUGCAGUUUCAGGGUUGGGAGAAGGCGAGCUAGUUUUUGCAGAUCAAAGACUGGCUGCUGUUUACCCCAUUAUACAGAAAUUCAAGAAUAUCAUCACUUCUGAUCCGUUGGGAGUGACCAACACUUGGGUAGGUCCAAACAUCUGCAACUACACUGGGUUCUUCUGUGGGAGCCCCCCAGACAAUAAAUCAGCCAUUGCUCUUGCCUCUGUGGAUUUCAAUGGAUUUCAUCUCACAGCGCCGAGUCUUGAUGGGUUCAUUGAUAAGCUCCCGGAUAUAGCCCUCUUCCAUGCUAAUUCCAACAGUUUUGGAGGAACCAUUUCCCCAGAUAUUGCUAACCUUCCUUAUUUGUAUGAGCUUGAUAUCAGUAACAAUCUGUUUUCUGGGCAGUUCCCAACUGCUAUUCUGGGUAUGAAAGGCCUUACUUUCUUGGACAUUCGUUUCAAUUCCUUCACCGGGUCAAUUCCACCCCAGCUGUUCACCAAGGAGCUUGAUGCAAUGUUCCUCAACAACAACAACUUCAUGCAGAGGUUGCCUGAUGCUUUCAGCACCCAUAUUUACUUUCUAACCUUAGCCAACAACAAGUUCUUUGGUCCAAUCCCGCGGACCAUCUCGAAAGCCUUGUCGGGUGUUUCAGAGGUUUUGCUGCUUAACAACAUGUUGAGUGGCUGUCUUCCUUAUGAACUCGGGUUUUUGAAGGAUGCUGUGGUCUUUGAUGCUGGAAACAACCACUUAACAGGUCCCUUGCCAUUCUCAUUAGGGUGCUUGGACAAAGUUGAGGUCUUGAAUUUUGCAGGGAAUCUGAUGUAUGGAAUGAUCCCAGAGGUGAUAUGUUCCCUGGGAAAUCUGGCAAAUCUAUCCUUGGCUAAUAAUUAUUUCAACGUGAUAGGGCCAAUUUGCUUCAGCUUGAUCAGGAGUGGAGUGCUUGAUGUGAGGAACAAUUGCCUUCCUGGUCUGCCAUUCCAGAGAUCAAUACCUGAGUGUGUACAGUUCUUUGCUGUUCCAAGAUUCUGUCACAACAUGGCAUCAUAUAAUUACAUUCCCUGCUGGCACCCCUACUUCAACUCUCCUCCUUUUUCUCCACAAGAAAUGGCUCCUUCCCCUUUCUAGUAUGGUCUGCUUAGUUUUUGGUCUUGGAAUAUUCUGUUCAUGGACUUCUUGAAUCUGUAUCAAACAUGAAUGCAUUACAUUUCCAAUCAUUCCUUCA